UGUUUUUACGAUAAACCAAACACCAUGGAUCGAGCUAGACAUCUGUAUGGGGCCGUUAGAUACAUUUUCCAACGAUCGGAUGAUGGGGCAGCUUCAUCGACGGCUGAAAAGCGCACUGAAACGAGUAAGACUUCGGUCAGUAGUGAAUGUCGUAUCAUUUUUAUCAACAAACCACAACCGGUAGCAAGUAAAUUUAUGAAUAAUAGGGUAACUACAGCCAAAUACAGUUUUCUUCGAUUUUUACCACUUUUUUUAUUCGAGCAAUUCCGAAGAUGGGCAAAUAUUUUCUUUUUAAUGAUAGCACUACUUCAACAAAUUCCGGAUGUUUCGCCAACCGGAAGAUAUACAACUUUAGUUCCUCUCGUAUUUAUAUUAUCUGUAUCGGCAAUUAAAGAAAUAAUUGAAGACUGGAAAAGACAUAAAGCAGAUGAAGAAACGAAUCAUCGUAUGGUUGAAGUUUUUCGUGAUGGUCAAUGGGUUAAUUUGAAAUGGAUGAAUGUGGGCGUUGGAGACAUAGUAAAAGUGUAUAACAAUAAUUUUUUUCCCGCUGAUUUAUUGUUGUUAUCGUCCAGUGAGCCACAAGGAAUAAGUUUUAUAGAAACGGCAAAUUUGGAUGGUGAAACGAAUUUAAAAAUACGUCAAGCGUUGCAAGUAACGAGUAAUAUAACGACGUCGGAAAUGUUAAAAACGUUAUCUGGAACUAUUGAAUGUGAACAACCGAGUCGGUAUUUGUACGAAUUUACUGGAACUUUAAAGAAAACGGAUGAAUUAGCACAACCGAUUCGACCAGACCAAAUUUUAUUAAGAGGGGCUAUGUUAAGAAAUACAACUUGGGUUUAUGGAUUAGUUAUUUAUACAGGACAUGAGACUAAAUUAAUGAAAAAUUCAAUGAAAGCACCUUUAAAAAGAUCUAGCAUAGAUAAAUUGACCAAUUAUCAAAUAUUAUUAUUAUUUCUUAUUUUAUUAAUUAUGUGUACAGUUUGUACUAUCGGAAGUACAAUUUGGACAAAUUGGCAUUUAGAUUACGAUUGGUACAUUGGUUUAAACGAUAUCUCACAUAAUAUAGCGUUUAAUUUUUUGACUUUUAUCAUUUUGUUUAAUAAUUUAGUCCCGAUUUCUUUACAAGUUACAUUAGAGGUCGUACGAUUUAUGCAAGCAAUUUUUAUUAAUAUGGAUCGUGAAAUGUAUUACGCCGAAACGGAUACGCCAGCAAUGGCAAGAACAUCAAAUUUAAACGAAGAACUCGGUCAAGUCAAAUAUAUUUUUUCGGAUAAAACCGGAACUUUAACAAGAAACGUUAUGGAAUUCAAAAAAUGUAGUGUUGGUGACGAAAUUUAUUCAUUAACUGAAGGUGAAGAACAACCUUUAAUACUUACCCAUAUUAAAAAUAAACACAAAAAUGCUGAAGUUCUCAAUCAAAUGUUGACUCUUAUGUCUGUUUGUCACACUGUGAUACCGGAAAGGAUGCCUGAUGGAGAAUUAAAUUAUCAUGCCGCUUCACCAGAUGAAAGAGCUUUAGUAUACGGAGCCUCUAAAUUCGGUUAUAAAUUUGAUGUACGAACGCCUGAUUAUGUCGAGGUGAUCGCAUUAGGUGAACGACAUCAAUAUAAAAUCCUCAAUGUGAUAGAAUUUACUUCAACUCGUAAACGGAUGUCUGUGAUCGUACAGGGACCCAAUCAAAAAAUUUAUUUGUACUGCAAAGGCGCUGAUACGGUUAUUUACGAACGUUUAUCAUCGGAAGGCCAAGACAACAAAGACGCUUUACUUCAACAACUCGAGGUGUUCGCAACGGAAGGCUUACGAACAUUAUGUUUGGGAUAUAAAGAAUUAAAUUCGGACGUUUAUGAACGUUGGAAUGACGAGUUUCACGCUGCAGCAAUUAACGUACACAAUCGAGAAGAAAAAAUGGAGGAAAUUGCGGAUUUAAUAGAACGCGAUUUAACUUUAAUCGGAGCGACUGCAAUUGAGGAUAAACUUCAGGACGAAGUACCAGAAACGAUCGCAGCACUUUUAAAAGCAGAUAUAAACGUGUGGGUUUUAACCGGUGAUAAACAAGAGACUGCGAUUAAUAUAGGAUAUUCAUCGCGUUUAAUCGGCCAAGGAACUCCUUUAAUUAUUCUAAAUGAAGGCAGCUUAGAUCAUACAAGAGAAGCAAUUUUCCGCCACAACGCUGAUUUCGGGGAAAAUUUAGGAAAACAAAACGAAGUGGCAUUAAUAGUGGAUGGAAAAACGUUAAAAUACUCUUUAGGUUGUGAUUUACGUACUGAUUUUUUAAAACUUUGCGUCUCUUGCAAAGUAGUGAUAUGUUGCCGAGUUUCCCCGUUACAAAAGGCUGAAGUUGUAGAGUACGUAACGAAAUACACAAAAUCGGUGACUUUAGCGAUCGGAGAUGGUGCUAACGAUGUCGCAAUGAUUCAAAAGGCGCACGUUGGAGUGGGCAUUUCGGGCGUUGAAGGUCUUCAAGCGGCUUGCGCCUCGGAUUAUAGCAUAGCCCAAUUUCGAUUUUUGUUACGCCUUUUAUUGGUACACGGCGCUUGGAACUAUACACGCAUGUGUAAAUUAAUUUUGUACAGUUUCUACAAGAACAUUUGUUUGUACGUUGUGUCGUUGUGGUUCGCAAUUUAUUCCGGCUGGUCUGGUCAAAUAGUAUUUGAACGGUGGUCGAUCGGGCUAUAUAACGUGUUUUUCACGGCUUUACCACCAUUAGCAAUUGGGUUAUUUGAUAAGAAUUGUAGUGCCAAUUUAAUGUUGACCCAUCCGAAGUUAUACAAACCAUCCCAAAGCGGGGAAUUAUAUACGUUUAAAUUAUUUUGGUUGUGGGUAUUUAACGCUAUUGUACAUUCGGCUAUUAUAUUUUGGUUUACCAUGUUGGCGGUUCAACAUGAUAUUUUAUGGCACAGUGGACGCGACGGGGGCUAUUUAAUGUUCGGAAAUUGUAUUUAUACGUUUGUUGUCGUGACUGUGUGUUUAAAAGCGGGGUUAAUAACAAGUUCGUGGUGUUGGCCCACUCAUUGCGCAAUUUGGGGAUCGAUUGUAAUUUGGUUUUUAUUUAUUAUAAUUUAUAGCAACUUUUGGCCCGUUUUACCCGUUGGAACCGUUAUGACAGGGAUGUAUAUAAUAAUGUUUACUUCGGCCGUGUUUUGGUUAGGUCUUUUCAUCAUACCAAUAAUCGCAUUGAUUCCAGAUUUUACGAUACGAGUGAUAUUGGGUACUAUUCGAAAAUCUUACACAGAAACCGUUCGAGAGAGGGAAAUUCGACAUCAACCCAUCGAAGUUUCAAGAGAGUCAAAAACUUCAGAGAUUAUCAAUAAUUUUAGGCUGUCUGAGACGGCGAGGCUGCUCAAAAAUGUUCGCAGCGUCUUUCUGAGGCGAAACAACACCCAAGUCGACUUAGAAAUGGCCCAUGGAUUUGCCUUUUCCCAAGAAGAAGGUGGAUCAGUUUCACAAACGGAAGUGAUCAGAGCUUAUGAUACGAAUGCACCAAAACCAUCAGGGAAUUAAUUCAAAUUAAGCACUUAUUAAAACACUAAAAAUGGUAAUGCCAAAAUUUUAGUUUUUUUUUUACUUCGACUCGUCGGAAUUGUGAAAGAUUAAGGUACACAAAUUCUUUAUGCAACCUUUUAUCCAUAAAAGAUGUAGAUAUUGAUCUGGUGUAUAACAUAAAUAUAACAUAUAUUUUUUAAUGUCUGUACUUGAGAAAAUGUGUCAAAAUGUUACAAUCACUACACCUAAAAAAAAAGAAAUUAAAAAAUAUUAAUGUUUCGUCUAUUAUCUACACACGAAGAACGUUUAAACGUGCCUUGAAUGUACUUGGUUGUUUUGUGAUAAAAAAGAACGAAUAAAAUAUCUAUCUGUAUCUUAUAUCUGUCUAAAAUAUGUUUAUUAAAAUCUUUGCGUGAAAAAGUGUCACAAAAAUGUUUUGGUUAUGUUAUGUUACUAAGUUUUUAGGACUUUUAUUUUACACUAGUUAAUCAAUGCAUUAUCUACCUAUUUAAAAAUAUAUAAAAGUUGAUAUAAAUAAAUUUAAAUAAAAAAAUUAAUUAUUAAAACAUAGAUAUUUGAUGUUAUUGAUGGAUUUUUAGGGAUAUGUCUUUGGCUUUUGACGUGUACCUGAAAAUAAAAACUAUUAAAAUUCUACAUUGAAAUUUUUGCGCUUAAUUUUUAUAAUUUUUUUAUGAUACUGAAAGAUUAAUUUAUUCGCAAUGUUGCACUUCCUAUUUGCACUGGGUUUUUAAGAUUAGAUUAUUUAGUUUUCUUCGAAUACGUUUGUCCAAUUACUUUUGAUUCACCAUAUACUUUCUUUACAAUUUAUCUUGUUUCAUUUUGAACAGAAUCAAGUGUAAAAAUGUAUACCAUUUCAAAUAAAGUUUUCAGAAGAAAAA